GGUGAGACAAAAACGAGUUUUUUUUUGUUUUUGAAUUUCUUCUUCUAGUUCUGGAGGCGAUGGCUAUGGGUAUGGCGGUAGACUCGGUGGGAGAGUUAGCAUUCCCGGUCUGGAACCCAAUCCGACGAAGAUUUCCUCCCGAUUCGCCCUUCUUUGCAUCUGGAAACGUCGAGCGCGAAUUACUAGCUAAACAGGUGGCAUUGGACUUAACAGAAGACGAAAUCAGCCAUCUGCAGAUAAUUGUGGAAACUGAAAGCAGAAGAAUCUCGUGUCCUAUUGCUGGCUGCCUUGAGCGCCUGAAAUCUCUGGACCAUUUUGAAGAUCACUAUAAUGCACGGCACACUGCGUCUUGUUCAGUAUGCUCAAGGGUAUACCCUACUUCUCGCCUGCUAAGUAUCCACAUAUCUGAAGCACACGACUCUUUUUUUCAAGCUAAAGUUGCUCGGGGUUAUGACAUGUACGAGUGCCUUGUGGAAGGGUGUGGAUUGAAGUUCAAGAACUACAAAGCCCGGCAUCAACACUUAGUUGACAAACACAAGUUCCCAACAACGUUUGAGUUCUUCAAGAAGACUCAACUCUCAAAGAAGCGAAGAGAGAAACUUCAGAGGCAACAUUUAUCAAAGCUGAAACAUAAAGAAGACAAGGGAGAAGCUUCUUCAGAUGCUAUGGAAGUGGAAGACAAAGCCAGCGUUGACGGUCUUGUCUCGGCACUGUCCACACUCACCACAUCGGAUACAACUCCGUCGAAUGUCAGCUUUGGUCGACGCCAUGGUCGUGGGCUGACCUUUGUUCCACGGUCUGUUCAUAGGGAGAAACGAACAGAAUCUUAAUUGAUUAAGCAUUUUAAUUGAUUUGGUGGAUUUUAAAUCUGUUUAGAUUUGAAUAGAUUUUAGUGAAAUUGAAGGAUGUUUAGAUGUUUCUGAUUGUAUUCAGUUGUUGCUCAAAUUUCACAAUGAUAAGAUUUCCCAUGAAUCACGAUUAAUA